AUGGAACAUCGUCAUAGAGCUGGUAGUUCUCACCAGUCCAACAAGCCUUUCAAGAGCCGUCAUGCCUCCAAAGGUGCAUUGAGAGAAGCCUCCAAGGGUAAAAUCAACCGCAAUGCUGUCAAGCAAGGCAACAAUGUCAAGACUGUCAGCAAAGCCGAUCGUCGCCAUGCCGCCAAGAUUAUCCAGCAAAAGAAGCGUGAAGACAUUACUCGUAUCAGCCGUAUCUUUGAGGGCCGCCAAGGUGCUCCCAAGAUUAUUCCUGUUUUGCCAUUGUGCCCUGACAGCGAUGUGGAGGCAGCCAUUGAAGCCAUCUACCGAUCCCUUGCUCUUGAAAUGCCCGCUCAUGCCACUCAAGAAGCCACCAUUGUUAAUGUGGAACGUUUCAAGCAAAAGAUCCAGUUGGUGCCUCUCAAGCGUAACUUUAUCGAUGUGAUUGAUGCCUUCAAGGUUGCUGAUUUCGGCAUCCUUCUUAUGUCGGCCGAUGUCGAAGUGGAUCAAUUUGGUAUCAACUGUCUGCUCGCCAUUCUCAACCAAGGUAUCGUCAAUGUCGUCCCUGUCGUUCAAAACAUUGGGAAUACACCUGUAAAGCUUCGCACCAGCACCAGAAAGUCAUUGACCGCAUUUGUCCAGCAAUUCUUCCCUGAAGAAGAGCACUUGUUCACUUUGGAUACCGAUGCCGACUGUAUCAGUGCCUUACGUUUCAUCACAGCACAACGUCCCAAGCCCAUGUCAUGGCGUGAUAACCAUCCUUACAUGCUGGCCGAGCAAGUGGAAUUUGACCCCACCUCUGCUGAAACAGGUACCUUGAAGGUCACUGGUUAUGCUCGUGGCAAUCCCUUCAAUGCCAAUCGUUUGGUUCACUUGCAAAACUUUGGUGAUUUCCAAAUCCAACAAAUCACCAGUGCCAAUUUGUCCACCAACGCAUCUGACAUGCAAGAAGAUAUUGAAAUCAUUGAUACCCCCAAGCCUGAAGAGCAAGACGAUUUGAUUGCUGAGAACGAGCCUGAUUUUAUGGAUAACGAGCAAACAUGGCCUACAGAAGAGGAAUUAGCUGAAGCAGAUGCUCGUGUGCGUCGUAUGCGUAAUUUGGAUGGCGAGGAACAAACCAAGAAGAGAGUGCCCAAGGGUACAUCCUCUUACCAAGCUGCUUGGAUUUUUGACGAUGAUGAUGCCGAGUACAGUGACGUGGAAGAGGAAGAGGAAGACGCUAUGAUGGAGGAAGAAGACGACGAUGAUGUUGUUCAACCUGCUGCCAGUGCUUUUCUUGACGAUGACGAAGAGUAUGAGGAAAUUGAUAUGGAGUCCAAGGAUACAUACAAGGAUGAAUUCGACGCUGAGGAGGAAGCCAGACAGUAUGAGGAGUACCUCAAGAACAGACAAAAGGAAUUCGAGAACCACAAUGAUUUCCCCGAUGAAAUUGAUACACCCAUGCACAUCACAGCCAGAGAGCGUUUCGCUCGUUACCGUGGUCUUCAAUCCUUCAGAACUUCGCCCUGGGAUCCCUAUGAGAAUUUGCCUAUUGACUAUGGCAGAAUUUUCCAAUUUGAAAACUUUGGUCGCACCAAAUUGCGUGUAGUGAGUCAAGCUAUUGUGGGUAAUGUGAAGCCUGGUAGAAGAAUUACUGUCUGGAUCAGCAAUGUGCCUCUUCAAGCUUAUGAGGCUUACGAUCGAACCAGACCCUUCAUCUUAUUUGGUCUUUUGCAAUACGAACACAAGAUGUCCCUCAUCAACUUGCAAGUGCAACGUGACAAUGCAUAUGAAGAAACCGUCAAAUCUAAGGAUCCUAUGGUCAUGCACAUGGGCUUCAGAAGAUACAAUGUCAAACCCAUCUACUCUCAAAAUACCAACAAGGGCACCAACCAUGUGCAUAAAUUCGAGAGAUUCAUGAAGAUGGGCCGCUCCUAUGUCGCUACUAUCUAUGGACCUGUUGUGUUUGGUAAAAUGCCAGUGAUGUUUUACAAGGAAACCGACAAUGUGAAUGAACCGAUUUUGGUCUCUUCAGGUACAUUCAUGGAUGUCGAUGUUAAGCGUAUUAUUGCCAAGCGUAUCAUCUUGAGUGGUCACCCCUUCAAAUGUCAUAAGCGAUCAGCCGUUAUUCGAUUCAUGUUUUUCAAUGUCGAGGAUAUUUAUUGGUUUAAGCCUGUUCAACUCACAACAAAAUACGGUCGAGUGGGCCAUAUCAGUGAAUCACUGGGUACACAUGGUUACAUGAAGUGUAUAUUCGAUGGUACUUUGACACAGCAAGAUACCAUCAUGAUGUGUCUCUACAAGCGUGUUUUCCCCAAGUGGAACACUGAAAUUUAUAGAGGUGGUUUAGACAAGUCUGUGGAACAGUCUUCUGUGGUUAAGAGUACAGCUAUGGAAGAGUAA